ACGAAAGGAAAAGGAGCAGGGAAACGCUAAUUUGGGAAUAAAAUCAAACGACGGGUGUCAGGUGGUUUUGUCAUCUUAUUUGCAGGGAAAGGGAUAAUACAACAACGGAUAAAUUUUAAAAUUUUCCCCAUUUUUCUGGUGAAAUGGCGAGUUCAGUGGAGAAGGAUACUUCCAUACAAGAGGAGGAUUUCUCUUUAGAGCUUCCUGCUCCUCCUGGCUGGAAAAAGAAGUUUGUGCCCAAGAAGAGUGGGACCCCUAAGAAAAAUGAGAUCAUAUUCACUGCCCCAUCCGGGGAGGAAAUCACUGGCAGAAGACAGUUGGAACAAUAUCUCAAAGCACACCCUGGUGGUCCCGCUGCAUCUGAGUUUGAUUGGGGCACUGGUGAGACACCCAGACGAUCAGCAAGGAUUAGCGAGAAGGCAAAGGCAGCUCCAACCCCUGAAACUGAAUCACCAAAGAAACGAAGCAGGAAAUUAUCAGCUCCUAAAAAGGAGAACAAAGAACCAGAAACUGCACCAGAAGGAGCUGAGAAGACAAAAGAUACUCAAAUGCAAGAAGCUGGAAAAAUCGGAAAGGAUGAUGCAGAAAUGGAAGCUGGAAAGGAGGAUGUGAAAGGAAACCAGGAAGGGAAUAAAGAUAAACCACUAGACAGUGAUGCUAAAACAGAAGCAACUCCUACUGAAGAAGCUAAAGUUGAAAAAGAUGCUGAUAAAUCUGAAGAAGCUGAAGAGGGAAAAGGUAAUGUUGAUGAUGAUAAGGUUCAAGGAGAGGAUGAGCAACCACAGGUUGAGGCUUCAGAAGGACGUGGAUCUGGGGAACAAGAUAAAGCUGGCACAGGCAUGAAUGAUAAAUCUGAAGCUGAAGGAGAAAACAAAGAGAAACAUAACAAAAGCAUUCCCGAGUCUGAAGGAGAGAUCAAGGAUAAAGAAGCAGCAAAUGGCAAUAAGGAGAAACCAAAUUUUACGGAUAUUUUGAAUGAGAAGGUUCAAGGAGAGGUAACUGAGAAUGGGAGAAGUGGCAGUGAUGCCAAUGCCAAGCAAGGUUAAGCCUUGAGUUAGCACAUCAAAGAGAAUAAUUUGAUGCUUUCUUCUUCUUCUAUCUCACACUUUCUGACCUUAAAAAUCUGCUAAAUUUGGAUGACUGUAGUUCUAUGUUGUAACAAUAGCUAUCUGAUUGUUCAUUCAGACAUUGGUUUAAUAGAGACAGGUUAGACGUGUAAUGUAGAAAAGUAUGUUGUAGCCAUUGUAGAAGUAUGAUAUGAGAUACUGGUAUUGUAAUGUCAUCAUGGUGUUAUGUAAUAAUAAUACAACUCUUUUCAGAGAUUC